ACGGACCCGUUUUGUGAUCGGUUCCGGGUAUCCGGGCGUCCCUACAGCACCACCAUCACCACGACCACCAACACGGCAACGGCGGCGGCGACCGCACCGACGACGGGCGGUACGAAGAAGAACGCGUCGAAGAAGAAAAAGAAAAGCAGCAACAUGCUGGGCCGCAAGCAGAGCAUCAAGGGUGAACCCGUGCUGGCGGACUACGGGCCGGAGGAGUCGCUCAACGAGAGUGCCGACAUCGAGUGGGUCAACAAGCUAUGGGUACGCCGGUUGAUGCGCCUCUGUGCCCUGAUCUCGCUGACGUCCGUGUCGCUCAACACACCGAAAACGUUCGAGCGUUACCCGUUUCUGCAGUACUGUACCUUCUGCUGCGAUUCGGUCGCCACGCUGCUCUUCACCUCGGAGAUGAUUGCCAAGAUCCACAUCCGAGGUGCACUGCGGGGUGAAGCACCAUAUUUCAAGGAUCACUGGUGCCAGUUCGACGCCUCGAUGGUGCUGUUCCUGUGGCUCUCGGUCAUCUUGCACGUGUUCGAGAUGCUCGGCGAUGCUGAUAACGUGGCGUACCUCAGCACUGUUCGCGCACCAAGACCCCUCAUCAUGAUACGCUUUCUGCGCGUGUUCCUCAAGUUCUCGAUGCCAAAGAGCCGCAUCAACCAGAUCUUCAAGCGCUCUAGCCAGCAGAUCUACAACGUGACGCUGUUCUUCCUGUUCUUCAUGUCGCUGUACGGGCUGCUCGGUGUGCAGUUCUUUGGCGAGCUAAAGAACCACUGCGUCCUGAACACGACCGAACCGGCUACCCUGACGAUCAAUUCGCUCGCGAUCCCCGACACAUUCUGUUCGCUCGAUCGCAACUCUGGCUACCAGUGCCCGACUGGUAUGAAGUGCAUGAAGAUGGACUUCCUCACCAACUACGCGAUGGGUUUCACCGGAUUCGAGGACAUCGCGACAAGCAUUUUCACCGUGUACCAGGCGGCUUCACAGGAGGGCUGGGUGUUUAUCAUGUACCGGGCGAUUGACUCAUUGCCGGCGUGGCGUGCCGCCUUCUACUUCAGCACCAUGAUCUUCUUUUUGGCCUGGCUCGUGAAGAACGUUUUCAUUGCCGUCAUCACGGAAACGUUCAACGAGAUUCGCGUCCAGUUUCAGCAGAUGUGGGGCGUACGGGGACACAUCCAGAACAGUACGGCGUCACAGAUCAUCACCGGGGACGAUAGUGGCUGGAAGUUGGUGACGAUCGACGACAACAAGCACGGUGGGAUCGCACCGGAAACGUGCCAUACGAUCCUUCGCUCACCAUAUUUUCGCAUGCUGGUGAUGACGGUCGUGUUGGCCAACGGGAUAGUGACGGCCACGAUGCAUUUCAAGCACGAUGGUCGCCAGCGGCGUGUGUUUUACGAGAAGUACUACUACAUCGAGAUUGCGUUCACGUUCUUCCUUGACCUGGAGACACUGUUUAAGAUCUAUUGUCUCGGGUGGCGUAGCUACUUUAAGCAUUCGAUCCACAAGUUCGAGCUGCUGCUUGCGAUCGGUACCACGCUGCACAUCAUACCGGCGCUGUACCUGAGCGGCUUUACGUACUUCCAGGUGUUGCGGGUGGUGCGGCUUAUCAAGGCGUCGCCGAUGCUGGAGGGUUUCGUGUACAAGAUCUUUGGCCCCGGCAAGAAGCUCGGCUCGCUGAUAAUCUUCACCAUGUGCUUGCUGAUUAUCAGUUCGAGCAUCUCGAUGCAGCUGUUCUGCUUCCUGUGCGAUUACACCAAGUUCGAGAGCUUCCCGGAUGCGUUCAUGUCUAUGUUUCAGAUUUUGACGCAAGAAGCCUGGGUCGAGGUGAUGGACGAGACGAUGAUCCGCACCAGCAAGACGCUGACGCCACUGGUGGCAGUCUAUUUCAUUCUUUACCAUCUUUUCGUCACGCUGAUCGUGCUCAGCUUGUUCGUGGCCGUCAUCCUUGACAAUCUCGAGCUGGACGAGGACAUCAAGAAGCUGAAGCAGCUGAAGUUCCGCGAGCAGAGUGCCGAGAUCAAGGAAACGCUCCCGUUUCGGUUGCGGAUCUUCGAGAAGUUCCCAGACUCACCACAAAUGGCCAUCCUGCACAAGAUCCCGAACGAUUUUACGCUACCGAAGGUACGCGAAUCGUUCAUGAAGCAAUUCGUGCUCGAGAUGGAACCGGAAGACCUUGAGGGCUACCAGCGACCGAUGCCCGAGUGCUGGGACUCCCGGAUCGCUUACAAGAAGCACCGGCCGAUCAACGUGAUCAACAAGACGACUAAAGUGUGCAUGGUCGGGAGCGAUCUGCGGAAGCUGGCCAUCACGCACAUCAUCAACGACUCCAACAAUCAACGGUUGAUGCUUGGCGAUUCGUCGAUGCUACCGGUGGCGGGCACCAAGGCGGGUCUAAAGCCACAGGGUACGAUCACUCAAACGAAACCGUGGCGAGUGGAUCAGAAAAAGUUCGGCUCGCGCUCGAUUCGCCGGUCCGUGCGUAGCGGUUCGAUUAAGCUAAAGC